AUGCUAGCAUCCAUCCCGCACAUGGAGUCGAUGCGAUCGCUCCCCCGGAACCCCGACGUGGUUGCGCGACACCCGUCCGCGGAGGAUUUGGACGCUGCCCAACAGCUAAUCUCCUCAGCUCAGGCUGGCCGGGAGCACCCUCUCGAUCGACCGCAGGGUGAUGACAGCAGUCGAGAUUUAGAUACCAAGGCCCCCCGCAGUCCGUAUGAACCGGAGAAAUAUCUGGACAGGUCCAUCAUCCCGUCUUCAGAAACCCCUACAAUCGGACCCUUGUCCGAGAAGACGUCCCCCAAAUCUCAGAAAGACACUUCGUUUCUGGGACACUCCUGCAGCAAUUGCGGAACAAAAAGCACUCCGUUAUGGCGGCGAUCUCCUACCGGAGCUAUGAUUUGCAACGCCUGCGGCCUCUAUCUAAAAGCACGAAACGUUGCCCGGCCCACGAAGCGAAAUCGCACUCAAGCCAGUCCAGAAGGGCCACAUCCCCCUAGCCUCCCCACCGUGGCCCCGCACGAUCUGCCUGGCAAUGGCGAUGGAGGGUGCCGCUCAUCAGGAUCCUGUCCGGGUGGUGGAAACUGCAAUGGUACUGGUGGCGCAGAAGGAUGCGACGGCUGCCCGGCUUACAACAAUCGGGUGUACAAGUCCACUCCACGCGGGACCGUCCCAGUGCAUGCUUGGAGUCGAACUUCAAACCCAGAGCCCGCCAAGCCCGCCCAGGACCCUGAGGUCCAGGUGAAAACCAAUGGACCGACAGAAGCAAACUUAUUGGUAUCUUGCCAGAACUGCGGAACUACAGUAACACCCCUCUGGCGCCGGGAUGAGAAUGGCCAUCCGAUCUGUAACGCGUGUGGUCUAUAUUUCAAGCUUCACGGUUGUUAUCGACCUACCACAAUGAAGAAGACCAUCAUCAAACGACGGAAACGUGUUGUGCCUGCUCUACGAGAGCAGUCUCCUACCGGUGGUGCCCACUCAUCUCACGGUUCCUCUGCUUCGCCUGAAGCUGCGUCUCCGGCUACUCUGGCGUACCCGCGUGACGAUCGCUAUAGAUACUACAGUUCUGAGCCGAUAGACAGGAUUUCACCUGCCGCACAACGGCCAUUUGCUUUCGCACCACCCCCAGUUGAUUUUACAGGCUUUGGUUCUGGCACUGUAACUCUGCCACAUCAUCCUCCUCCUCCCAGGUUGCUCGAACCGGAUCGUAUCGGGCCAGCCGGCCAUUCGCCUGUUUCUCAAUUUGGGAGACGAUCUAUUUCCCCCAAUCCAUCUGGAAACCCCAAGAAACGAACUCUCGAGGAAACGGCGUCGUCUGCGAAUGCCAUUUCGAUCCCAACGACCUUGGAGGCUGGUUCGAAUCAACUCCCACCUAUUGUUUCUUCUGCCAACCCAUCACCACCUACCCGCCUCAGCUCCAUCUCCUCGAUCCUGAAUCACGCACAUGCCCGCGAUGAAUCGCGCCUAGACCCUUCUCUCGCCGCCAUGGGCCGCCAACCGCAUCCCCAGCCUCACCACCCCCCAGCCUCUACCCUUGCCCCAUCCGCCCAGCCGUUACCAGGCGUGUCCGAACUGGAUAACUUCAGGGAAGAUCGCCGGGCCCAACUGCAGCGCGAAGCCGAGGAAAUGAGGGAGAUGCUCAGAGCAAAGGAGCGAGAACUUGCGGAGCUAUCGAACCAAUAA